UACAACCUCAGGUUUGGGCAAUAUAAAACCUGAAGGAGAUCUGGACGUAGGAGACAGUUUUCUCACUGACAGGAGCUUCAACAAUUUGAAAAACACUUCUGUGGUUAUGGAUUCAUCUGACAUUCAAAGGAAAAAAAUAGCUGUCAUUGGUGGUGGUUUGGUUGGAUCAUUAAAUGCAUGCUUCCUUGCAAAGAGGAAUUUCCAAGUUGAUGUUUAUGAAGCUAGGGAAGAUAUCCGGGUGGCUAAAUUUGCGCGUGGAAGAAGCAUUAACUUGGCCCUUUCUCAUAGAGGACGGCAAGCCUUGAAAGCCAUUGGUAUGGAAGAUCAGAUUGUAUCCCAAGGUAUUCCCAUGAGAGCAAGAAUGAUUCAUUCUCUUUCAGGAAAAAAAUCUGCAAUUCCCUAUGGGACAAAGUCACAGUAUAUUCUUUCUAUAAGCAGAGAAAAUCUAAAUAAGGAUCUAUUAACUGCUGUUGAGAAAUAUCCCAAUGUGAAGUUGCACUUUGGCCACAGACUGUUGAAAUGUAAUCCUGACGAAGGAAUGAUCACAGUGCUUGGAUCUGACAAAGUUCCCAAAGAUAUUGCCUAUGACCUCGUUGUAGGAUGUGAUGGAGCCUACUCAACUGUCAGAACUCACUUGAUGAAGAAGCCUCGCUUUGAUUACAGUCAGCAAUUCAUUCCUCAUGGGUAUAUGGAGUUGACCAUUCCACCUAAGAAUGACGACUAUGCCAUGGAACCUAACUAUCUGCAUAUUUGGCCUAGAAAUACUUUUAUGAUGAUUGCGCUUCCUAACAAGAACAAAUCUUUCACAUGUACUUUGUUCAUGCCCUUUGAAGAAUUUGAGAAACUUCUAACUAGUAGUGAUGUGCUGGAUUUCUUCCAGAAGUACUUUCCAGAUGCCAUUCCUCUAAUGGGAGAGGAAAAGCUGAAACAGGAUUUCUUUCUGUUACCUGCCCAGCCCAUGAUAUCUGUAAAGUGCUCUUCUUUUCACUUUAAAUCACACUGUGUGCUGAUGGGAGAUGCAGCCCAUGCCAUAGUGCCUUUUUUUGGGCAAGGAAUGAAUGCGGGUUUUGAAGACUGCUUGGUUUUUGAUGAAUUAAUGGAUAAAUUCAAUAAUGACCUUAGUAUGUGUCUUCCUGAGUUCUCAAGAUUUAGGAUUCCAGAUGACCAUGCAAUAUCAGAUUUAUCCAUGUACAAUUACAUAGAGAUGAGAGCACAUGUCAACUCAAGAUGGUUCAUCUUCCAAAAGAACAUAGACAGAUUUCUUUAUGCUAUUAUGCCAUCUACCUUUAUUCCUCUCUAUACCAUGGUGACCUUUUCGAGAAUAAGAUACCAUGAAGCAGUGAUACGCUGGCGCUGGCAAAAAAAGGUGAUAAACAAAGGGCUAUUUUUCUUUGGGACACUGAUAGCCCUCGGUGGUACCUACCUUCUAGUGCGCUCCAUGUCACUAAAACCAAUGAAUUACUUGAGAAGACCUUGGGACUGGAUCACUUACAUCCAGAAUACAACAUGUCUCCCUGCAAGCACCAUGGAGUUACUAGGACAAAUUUCCAAUCUCAUUAGCGGGUGAUGUGAAGAUCCUUAAGUAGCAAAUUGUGAUUUCUCUGUAACCAAAACUAGGAUCAAAACCAUGUUUCCAUCAUUAUAUUUAAUUUUACUAAUAGAAGAUAUUUGUCAGUUGGUAAUUAAAUUUAACUUGAAAUUUCUGUAUUAACUGCAGUUAUUGAAAAAAAGCAUUUUAAAAUGGGAACACUCCUUUCACACCACACUACAUAGGUCCAGUCAUUCUAAACAUUUAAGUUCAAUGGCUAAGAUUUCUUUGACUUCUCAAAAAGUAAGAUUCCAGAUCACUGAUCACACUUGUUGAUUAAAGGUCAUAAUAAAAGUCAUAAUAGGAUGGAUUUAAUACCUUGGUUUAAAAAUUUCUUCCUAGCUGACAUGUUAACUGCACUUUACAUCACCCAAAUGGAACUUAUUUAAGUACAGCGUUUAGAUUCACUUGAUAAAAUUAGAAAUGUAGAAGGAAUUCAGGGAGCAUUCCAGAGAGCUACAAAAGGAAUUGAUUUUAUUUUCCAGUUUUCAAAUGCCAGUAUUAAAUUCUAAAGAUUUUUUUAAAGGCAGUUAAUGCCAUAUUGAGAGGAAAGGAAUGUUUUAUUUAUAAACAAAAUACUAACUUAUACAAGAUAAACAUAUAAACAUGAAAACACACUUUAUUCCACUUCAGAUGCUCCAAAGUAAUUUACUAAUUUAUUCUUGAACUACAUGCCAUAGUUGAAUCAGCAAUAAACGUGAUUUUUGGAAGUUUAUCUAAUGAAAUGAUUUUGUUUCUUUCUUAUACAGUAGGUCAACUAAUCAUUUAAAAGCCUCAAACAUGUUUAAUUAUGUAGAUAUAGUCAGUAGGACAGUGAUCUAAGCAAUAAAAGUUAGGCAGAAAUAUGAAACGAUUAAGUCUCUUUUCUAAUCCAUGUUUGUUCUAAAAACAAAUUCAUGGGAAAAUUGUCCU